AAAAGCGAAGUCAAAAAAAGAGAGAGAGAGAGAGAUUUUGAGCCAGUACAAUUCAUCGCAGCAAUAUCACAGAUGAAAAACUUUUUAGAAUUUAAUUUGAUCUCUAUUUAGUUUCUUUUCCUUUUUGAAUCAAGGAUCAUUUAUUACAAAUUAAAAGUGUUAUAUAUUCUUAAGUGUCAAUCUAAAUCAUUGACUUUGAAUACAUUACCUUCCCCAUAAAAAAGUUAUCCUUAUCACCACGAGAGCUGCCGCUUGAAAGUUAGUUCGAAAGUAACUCACUAUUAUUGUGAGCCAAUCAUUCAGCAUCCCCCUCUUUCAACAUUUCACUUUUCAUUAAUUAUAAACAUUAGCUCUGCUAUUUGUCCAUAUAAUUGUGUCCCCAGAAUAGUGAGUGUGAUUCAAUAACCUUUGAAUUUAUUAGUAUAUUCCCAUUUAUCAAAUGGCUCCAACUGCACAAAUUUUAGACGAAACUAACAUUGUUAGUUCCAGUCCAAUUGCUCAAAAAGCAAUCAAUCCUUCUGGAUUCAAAAAAUCAAACAACAAAACCAAGUUAAUCAAUGAUGCUUUAAUCAAUCAUAUUUCAGAUAUUGAUCAUGAAGUCUGUGAAGCAGGUGAAGAAGAUUCAUUUUUCGUUUGUGAUUUAGGUGAAGUCUCUAGAUCAUUUCAAACUUGGAAACAAAGAUUACCUCAAGUUCAUCCUCAUUAUGCCGUCAAGUGUAAUACCGACAUGCAAGUUAUUGGUUUAUUAAACAAAUUAGGUGCCAAUUUCGAUUGUGCUUCUAAAAAUGAAAUCGAUACUAUUCUUAGUCUUGGUGUUUCCCCUGAUAGAAUAGUUUAUGCCAAUCCAUGUAAGACCAAUUCAUUUAUUAGACAUGCUAGACAAAGUAACGUGAACUUAACUACUGUCGAUAAUGUUCAAGAAUUGCAUAAGUUGAAGCAAUUCCAUCCUGAUUGUGGUAUUUUAAUUAGAAUUGCAACUGAUGAUGAAACUGCUCAAUGUCGAUUAUCUACAAAAUUUGGAUGUAGUUUAGACAAUGCAAUCAAUGAAUUAUUACCAUUGGCUAAGGAAUUAGGCCUUACUGUUAGAGGUGUCGCAUUCCAUGUGGGAUCUGGUGCUAAAGAUUUUGAUUCCAUUUAUAAGGCUAUUAGAGAUGCAAGAUUAAUCUUUGAACAAGGGAUUGAAAAGUAUCAUUUCGACAAUUCCAUGAACAUUUUAGAUAUUGGAGGUGGUUUUGAAUUAGAAACCUUUGAAGAAUCAUCUCGUGUUGUUACUGAAUCAUUACAAGAGUUCUUCUCAAACGAUUUCAUUGAUCAAUACAAUAUUAGAUUUAUUGCUGAACCUGGUAGAUUUAUGGUAUCUAAUGCAUUCACCUUAGCCACGCAUAUCAUUGCUCGAAGAGAUAUUGAUAAGUCAGUCAAUAGUGACAUUAAAGCCAUGGUUUAUAUUAAUGAUGGUGUUUAUGGAAAUAUGAAUUGUAUUUUAUUCGACCAUCAACAUCCACAAGGUUUUGUUUUACAGCACAAAGAAAAGUUUUAUUACGAACAACAACAACCAGAACAAGAAUGGACAAUUGCAGAAAAAGAUAGCUACUUUUUCUCAAUCUGGGGACCAACUUGUGAUGGUUUAGAUUGUGUUUCAACUAAAACUAAAUUAACCCAUGAUGUUGCUGUUGGAGAUUGGAUUUAUUUCCCUAACUUAGGUGCCUAUACUUCCGCUGCAACUACUUCAUUCAACGGGUUCAAGGGUAAAGCCCAUAUCAUUUACGUUUCAUCUGAAACUAAUGAAUAGAUGUAUAGAAUCUAUAAAAAGUAAUAGUAAAAAUAAAAGUUAAUUUAUAUGUACAUGCAUUAUAUGUGACGCAAUAUGGAAUGGUUGGUAACUAUAUUAUUAUUCGCCAAGCUACUUCCACUUAAAAAUACCCCAAAGUCAUUCGCAAUGAAUAGGAUGAUGAUAACACUAAUUAGGAAGCCUGUCAGAUAUUUUAAAUUUAGAAAUGUUCUUAAAAUAGAAAUCUAACAUAACCCGAAAAAGCUUAAUAUUUACUGAUAUUUUAUUACUUUGCUAUU